AUGCCUGCGCACGCAACCCCACACACCCGCCUGCCCCACGGCGCCCCGGCGCUCCUGCUCCUCCUCACGGCUCUCGCCACCACCCUCGCCUGCCACCACCUGCGUCCACGAGAUGCCACCUUCGCCUGGGACAGCAUCAAGAUCUUAAGGGCCAUGGCUCCCAGCCCGACACAGCCCUGCCAGCACCAGCAGCCCCCCUUCCCCUUCCCCGACACCCUCCUCCACACCAACCACCCACAGCAAGCCGCCGCCACCGCCCGACACAUCCUCGACAACCUCUUCGCCACCCUCAGCAGCCACAGCACCCCCCAACACUGGGACGCCCAGGCACAGCAUGACCUCCUCAACAACCUCCAGCAUUACAUCCAUCACCUGGAGCAAUGCCUGCCAGCCAACAGCAUGCUCAUCAAAAGGCAAGGGCCCCGCAACCUCUUGCUCAGCAUCAACAAAUACUUCAGGCGCAUCCAGGACUUCCUCCGCACCCACAACCACAGCGCCUGUGCCUGGGACCACGUCCGCCUCGAAGCUCGCGCCUGUUUCCAACAUGUGGACACACUCAUACGGCGAAUGAAGAGCUGA